AAACAAAUGAAGACGACAACACAGCUUAAGAUAGCAACAACACAUCCAGUCCUACAUUAAGACAACUGCUUCACCAAAUAAAGACCAUAUUAAAGAUUGUUAAAUUUGUGUUCUUUUUUCUUCUUUUUUUAUAAGUUGAAUUGUUCAAGUAUUGUAUUAAAAUUAGUAUUUUGUGUUAUUUACUCUAAAUUAUUUUAUAAACUAUUCAGUGAAACUGUGAUUUUAUAAACAUAGAAAAGCUUUGAAAAAACUUGCAUAAUCGUUACAGGGAAACUACCUACCAACAAUGAAUCAUGAAUUCACACACACACACACACACACACACACACACAUAUAAUAGCCGUGUCUAGUCAGUCUUUUAUUUCAUUGUUUUUAUAUUUAUUUUCUUAUGGUUUCAUGGGGGAUCUUCUUAGCUCUCACUAAUGGGGUAGACUUUGCCUACUCCAAAGACUUUAUUUUAUUAUUUUUUUUUUGGGGGGGGGGGGGGUUUCUUUUUAAGCUUAUAGUGUUUCUUCUUCAGUGUUUUAAUGGCUCAACCAGAAGGUAUUCCAAGGGAAACAGGUUUGGGUGUUGAUGAUCUGUAUCCAGAACUAUGGAAAUUAUGUGCAGGCCCUUUAGUGGAGAUUCCUCAUGUUCAAGAAAGAGUCUUUUAUUUCCCUCAGGGUCACAUUGAACAAUUAGAAGCAUCAACUAAUCAAGAACUUAACUAUGAAGCCCCACUGUUUAAUCUUUCUUCAAAGAUUCUAUGUCGUGUUCUUCAUGUCCAGUUACUGGCUGAACAAGAAACAGAUGAGGUUUAUGCACAAAUAACUUUACAGCCUGAACCAGAUCAAAGUGAACUGACCAGUCCGGAUCCGUUCCCGACCGAGGUUCCGAAGAGGGAAGUUCAUUCCUUUUGUAAGAUUUUAACUGCGUCGGAUUCGAGUACUCAUGGAGGGUUUUCCGUUCUACGGAAACAUGCCACCGAGUGCUUGCCUCCAUUGGAUACAAAUCAAGCUACCCCGACACAAGAAUUAACCGCGAAAGAUCUUCACGGAUAUGAGUGGCGGUUUAAGCAUAUAUUUAGGGGACAACCUCGGAGACAUUUACUUACGACGGGGUGGAGCACAUUUGUGACUUCGAAAAGAUUGGUUGCGGGAGACGCAUUCGUGUUUCUAAGAGGUGAUAACGGAGAAUUAAGAGUUGGGGUUCGCCGGCUCGGUAAUCAACAAAGCACAAUGCCUUCGUCGGUCAUAUCAAGCCAAAGCAUGCAUUUAGGAGUGCUCGCUACUGCUGCUCAUGCUGUUACGACUCAGACCCUCUUUGUUGUGUACUACAAGCCAAGGACGAGCCAAUUCAUAAUAGGAGUAAGUAAGUAUCUCGAAGCUAUUAACAACAGAUUCUCCGUUGGUAUGCGUUUCAAGAUGGGAUUCGAGGGCGAAGAUUCCCCCGAGAGAAGGUUCACUGGUACCAUAGUCGGGGUUGGAGAUGCUUCCCCACAUUGGUCAGAAUCUAAAUGGCGGUCCUUGAAGAUUCAAUGGGAUGAACCUGCAAUGAUACAAAGGCCGGAACGAGUUUCCCCUUGGGAAAUAAAGCCAUUCUCGGCUUCUGCUUCUAUAAACCUCAUACAACCAGCUGUAAAGAGCAAAAGACCACGACCGGUUUAUAUUCCAGCUUCUGAAACAACUACAAAUUCAACCGGUUCAGCCUUUUGGUGUCACGGGUCAACCAAAUCUCAUGAACUAGCCCGAGCAGGAAGCAUAGCUGAAGUCCAAAGCAGUGAAAGCAGCCAAGUUGUUUGGCCUAUGAGACAGAAUGAAGCCGAUGCAGGUUAUAACAUGAGGACUCUGCUCGAAAAUGCUUGGCCACCUUCCUCUCUCGUGAACGUCUCUCUAAACUUUUUCCGCAAUCCAGCGGAUGCGUCUCCUGUUGAAUUGAGGACAAGCAAGGACGUUAUGCGCGACCAAGUUGAAAAAGGAAAGAAACUCGAGAUUUCCACAGGCUGCCGUUUGUUCGGGUUCAAUUUGACAAAUAGUAAUAGUGCAGUCAGUGGAACCGUUAUAGCUCCGUCCCAUAUUGAUGAAAAUCCCGAAACUUUUCAGUCACCAAAGCAGCAAAAGCAAAAUGCAUCAGAGACAUCAACCAAGGAGAUAAAGGCUAAGCACGGUACCAGUUCUUCUACAAGAACUCGUACUAAGGUAAAUCACGGGGUAUCUGUAUCGCUUUUUUAUAUUCAGAUCCCUCUUGUUAUUCAAGAUUUGUGUAUUUUCCCAAAGGUUCAAAUGCAAGGGAUUGCAGUCGGUCGUGCUAUUGACUUAACCCUAUUAAAAGGAUACGAUGACCUCAUAAAUGAGCUAGAGAAAAUGUUCGAUAUUGAGGGAGAGCUUCGUCACCGUACUAAAUGGUCUGUCGUUUUUACUGACAAUGAAAGUGAUAUGAUGCUUGUGGGUGACGAUCCUUGGGUGGAAUUUUGUAAGAUGGUGAGAAAGAUAUUCAUAUAUUCGGUAGACGAGGUGAAGAAGAUUAACGCGAGAUGCAAAUUUCAAGCCUCGUCUUUAGAAGGCGAAGGCACUGUUGUAAGCUUGGGUUCAGAGCAUAGGUCUGAAACAUGAAAAGCUCGAAACUUGAAACACCAUCUUUAUAUAUUUGGUCUUAUUUUUGCUUUCGAAA